AUGGCCAGGGUCUGGCGUUUUUCAGAAGAAAAGACUGCACUCUAUUACUCAGGUACAGAAACGGGACAACACAGGAACGGAGUAGGAAUCAUUGUCAGAAGAGAAAUGCAACAGUCAGUUAUAAACUUUAUCUCAUACAAUGAUAAAAUAAUGCUACUGCAAAUAAAAGCCCAUCCCGUCAACGUUGACCUACUACAAAUUUACGCUCCAACAUCAGACCACAGCGAUGAAGAAGUAGAAGACUUUUAUGCAGAUCUAGAAAACUUAACUAGAAACUUGAAAAAACAUGAGAUAGACAUUGUAAUGGACGAUUUCAACGCUAAAGUUGGUAAAAGAAGCGUGCCAGGUGUUGCCGGUGAUUUUGGAUUGGGGCAACGAAAAGAAAGAGGUGAUAGACUGAUUGAAUAUUGCCAAGAACAUGACUUGAUUAUAACAAACACCAUAUUUAAGUUACAUCCAAGGAGACUCUAUACGUGGACUGCUCCAGGAGAUAGAGAAGGCCAGGUAAUAAGAAAUCAGCUAGACUAUAUAUUAACAAACAGAAGAUUCAGAAACGCAACAUAUGGAGUAAAAACUUAUCCAAGUGCAGAUGCAGCUACAGAUCACAAUAUAUUAAUAGCUAAUGUGAAAAUUAAAUUAAGAUCACAAAAAAAAACAAUACAGACCACCAACACUGGACGUAGCUAA